AUGCUACGGCCAAAGACAGCAACUUGCCUGUUCUGCUCGUUCAAUGCCGCUCGGCACCAACCAGCUCUCCUACAAUGGCCAGCGCCAAAGACCGCAUCGUUCAGCACCAAACCUGUGUCUCGUCCAUCUCGGAUGAGUUUGGCUCCAGCUAGAAAAGUCAAUACCCCAGAACAAAGCCCGGCUGAAGGCGCGCGACCCAACCGACGAAAACAAGAUGGGCCAUUUGGAGGGAUGAACUUGAAAGAGGCAAAUAUUCGAGGUGUUCCGGAGCGAGUAUCUCCAUCGUACGGCAAGAGAGGAUCGCGCCCGGGUCGCAAAGAUGAUCCACGUGCGGGUGGAUUCAAGGCUCUCAAAAUGCAACGCGCGUUGGCACCUGUAUCGUACGGCCAACGGACGAAAAUAAAGGAGCGAAUUCGAGAAAUCGAUUCAUUCGACCACUUUCCACUACUCGACUCGGUCAAGAGCGCAAUAUCCACGCAGGCAUUACCAGGAAUGGAGGGUGUCGUGCCCACGCCGGUGCAAAAAAUUGCGAUACCUGCAUUAUUAGGGAGUGAAGCUACAGGGAGGAGGAGCAAAAGCAAGGCCGUUGAAGAGAAAAAGGAGUUUUUAAUAGCUGCAGAGACUGGAUCCGGGAAAACCCUGGCAUACCUCACUCCCACAAUACAUGCGGUAAAGAAGGCCGAGAUGGAGGAUGAGGAGAUCCAGGAAUAUAAUAGGAGGCUUGAGGAGGAAAAGGCCGCUCCUUCCUUAGCCCCUUCUGUGUCAGAGAUGCCACAUCCGACCACUGGACGACCUAGAGCAAUCAUUCUUGUUCCAACGGCGGAGCUGGUAGCUCAAGUUGGCAAUCUAGUCAAGGCUUUCUCACAUACAGUGAAGUUCCGUUCCGCCAUGAUAUCAUCAGCCUUCAGUGGGCAAGUCAUUCGCAACCGCCUGUUUUCGCCCCGUGGCAUUGAUGUUUUGGUUACUACUCCACAUCUUCUCUCUUCGAUCGCUGAUUCGGACCCCAACAUUCUCUCGCGUGUAACUCAUCUAGUAGUUGACGAAGCGGAUUCUCUUCUUGAUCGUGGAUUCUCCCCGCUCUCAUCAAAUAUUAUUGAUCGCGCCACCCCUUCCCUACAACAGCUGAUACUAUGUUCUGCAACAAUUCCCCGCAGCUUGGACAAUUACCUUCGAAAUCGCUUUCCCGAUAUUCGCCGUCUCGUCACUCCAAAUCUGCACGCUAUCCCUCGACGUGUGCAGCUCGGUGUCGUCGAUGUAGAGAGGGAGCCGUAUCGAGGAAACAAGAACCUUGCUUGUGCAGACACGAUCUGGACCGUCGGCAAAGCAGCCGCAGAGCAUGAUGGCCCAGUGAAGGGUGAGAUGGAUGUGAAGCGCAUCCUUGUCUUCGUCAAUGAGCGGGAUACGACCCAAGAAGUAGCCGACUAUCUUGUCACUAAAGGUAUCGAUGCCAUCGCCCUAAACCGGGAUACUCCCGAACAGCGACAAACAGAAAUGCUAGCCUCCUUUACCCUUUCUACUCCACUCACUGCGCCCAAAGAAGCGGCUCACCCUGGAUCCCUUUCUGACAACCAACCAAAUUAUCUACCCUUUGGCCAGUCAGCCCCACCAGUCAAGCGGCGCCUACCGAAUACGAAGGUUCUAGUUACUACUGAUCUUGGGUCGAGGGGUAUCGACACGCUUGCUGUUCGCCAUGUUAUACUUUAUGAUGUACCACAUUCCACGAUAGAUUUCAUUCAUAGACUUGGGAGGACGGGACGGAUGGGAAGGAGAGGUAGAGGCAUUGUUCUAGUUGGAAAACAUGAUCGUAGAGAUGUUGUAGCGGAGGUUAGAGAUGGUAUGUAUAAAGGGCAAGCACUAAUUUAA